CAAAUGAAGAUGGCGUGCAAAGAGUUAGGAAUAAAAAUCCAGGCACUGCAAGCAAUGUUCACGUCAUUGUUGCUGUGACUAUGUCCUUGAUUGGGAUAUCUGUACUUGUGGCAGGAUCAAUGUUUUGCUUUUGUAGAAAACGGCAAUUAAAAAGAAAGCAAACAGACCGAGACAGGCUGAGUGUUGCCUUCAAAGCGACUGAACGAAAAGCAGGAGUUGCAAACGGUGUUCCAAAUAUUUACGGCAGCAGUAAAGAAAAUGCGGAAGAGGAACAUUACUCUUAUAUCGAACACAAGAAGGAAGAACUCAACAUUUUAUACGACAACAGGGCGUUUACGUACUCCGAUGAGAUGUUUGAGGAGGAUGACGAAAUCAAAGAGAGUGGCAAUCCACUUUACUCCAGCAGCUUUGAAACUGAGCAAGAUGGAAAUCGAAACAUUUUGUACGAAAGCAUGGAUGAGGUCUCACAGAAUAUAAUCGAAGCCGAAGCUGUUAACCCAGUGUAUGAGAGAUUUGAUUAGGACAGAGAGAAUUAGUGCAGGAUCACGUUAAAUUACUUCAACAGCCUGGAACAACAUCACA